GUUGUCUGUGGCCCUUAGGGAGUCAGUCAGUAGGUCAGKGURUYCGGGUAGGUCUACGUGGUGAGGAGUGGGACCCCUGUCGUGCACCAACACCACGAUGGAUGACUAUCCGAUGUAUGGGCUACUUGCGGGGUUCUCCCUCUGGGGGACCCUCUGGCGUCUCCUCUUUCCUCUGGGCUUUUGGCCCACUCUCACGUGUAAAGUAGGGUCCACUCGCGGUGGGACUUCCACCACCCCCUACACGAAGGAGGAGGAGGAGAAGAUGGCCGCCAUUCUGCAGGAGAAGAAGGAGAAGAAGGAGGCCAAGAAGAAGGCCUUGAAGGAGGAGCAGGCGGCCAAACUGAAGAAGAUAGAGGAAGAAAUGGCCAAAGAAAAAGAGAGGUUGAAAAAGGAAGAAGAAGAGAAGCUGAAGGAGGUGGAUGAAGAAGAGGAAGGACCGCCACUGCAAAGGAGUAGUGGGCAGCCCAGUAGUAAUACCGGUGGAGACCUAGAGAAGAGGAUAUCUGAAUGGGUUGUCAACCUGAAUGUGGGAGAAGAGGAAGAGGUUAGUAUGUACAUCCCGCAGGAUCAGCAAGAAGCCGCCAUGAAGGCUUGGGAGGCAGAGAAAGACCCUCUGAAACGUCAAGCGUUGGAAGACGAGAAGAGGAUGGAAUGGAAAUUAGCGGUGAUGCUGGAGAAGAAGAGGAGAAUUGAUGAGGCAGCAGAGGCAGCAGAGGCCUUAGAGGAAGUGAAGAAUAUAGAGGCACAAUUAGCCGCCCAGCCCGAUCUCCCRAAUCAGAUGCGAGUCAUAGCUCGAAGCGUUGCAUGCCUAGCACGGGUUCAGGCAGACCAAUAUGACUUUAGCAGAAGCCAGGACAUAGCGGUGCGCUCGAUACGGUUGGGCUUUCGAGACUUUGCUCGUGAGCUGCGCUGUAUGAACGAUUUGUUCAGRCCGUGGUUAGAUAGAUUUGUUAUAGUGUACCUAGAUGACAUUCUAGUGUUUAGUAAGACCCUCGACGAGCAUCAGGGCCAUCUCAGGCAGGUCUUGGAGAAGCUGAGAGUAGCUAACUUCAAGAUCAAUGCAAAGAAGUGCAAUUGGGCGAAGGCCCAAGUUUUGUAUUUAGGCCACGUCUUAGACGAAGACGGCGUUAAGCCAGAAGAUAGCAAGAUCGCAGCGAUUAGAGAUUGGUCCACACCACGUACGCUGACAGAGUUGCGCUCGUUCCUGGGCUUAGCAAAUUACUACAGGAAGUUCGUGAGGAACUUCUCCACCAUCGCUGCGCCCCUUCGCAGAUUGCUAUAGAAAGAGACAAUCUGGAAGUGGGACAAGGACUGCACGUCUGCCAUGAAGAAGCUAAAGCAGGCGUUGAUAGAGUACCCGGUCCUUAAGGUCGCCGAUCCGUCCUUGCCUUUUGUCGU